CUGUACCAGGAACACUUCUUUACGGAAGUGAAAUAGGCGACCGUUAUGGCGACUUGACAUAAUUCCAGACAUUGUGCUAAGCUUUGGAAGCAUGCGAGAUGUCAUUUUCUUCUUGUUACAUUGGCCGCUUUAGGAGGACUUUCGCACAAAUACAUUCCACAAUCGCUGGCCGUUUAAACAGACAAAUAAGCGAUUGUCAGAAACCUGUACACCGGAAGUGUACAUGGAUGAACACGCAGGCGAGACUUCUAAGCAGUAGGACGCAGCACAGCUACAGAAGGAAGUUGGUGAGAAACGGAGAGAAGAAACAAUUAGUGAUAUGCAUUGAAGGCAACAUCGCCAGUGGGAAGACAACAUGUUUGGAGCAUUUCAGUAAAACGAGUGAUAUAGAGGUAAUGACUGAACCAGUAUCCAAAUGGAGGAAUGUUCAAGGGCACAACCCUCUGGGUUUGAUGUACCAGGACCCAUCUCGUUGGGGUCUCACCCUGCAGACUUACGUACAGUUGACCAUGUUGGAUCGUCACCUCUCCACAAUAACGGCUCCUGUAAGAAUGAUGGAAAGAUCCAUCUACAGUGCCAAGUACAUCUUUGUGGAAAAUCUUUACCGAAGUGGAAAGAUGCCAGAUGUGGACUUCGCUGUUCUGAGUGAAUGGUUUGAAUGGAUCAUUCGGAAUAUUCACAUUCCUGUGGAUCUAAUUGUUUACUUGCAGACUACACCACAGAUCUGCUAUGAGAGGCUGAAGGAAAGGUGCAGGGAGGAGGAGAAAAUGAUUCCCAUGGAAUAUUUGGAAGCGGUACAUCAGCUGUAUGAAGACUGGCUGAUUAACAAGACAUCAUUUAAAGUCCCUGCUCCUGUUCUCGUGAUACCUGCAGAUCACGAUCUCCCAAAGAUGAUUCGUCAAUAUGAGGAGAACAAAGAAAAGAUAUUAUUGGGCAGGAAUGCAUAAUUCAUGAGUAAAAUCUGCAGAAAAUGUAUUUGUUCCAGAUAUGUGCUUUAAUAUUUUAGUAUUUAUUUAAUUUUAAACGAGUCUGAAGGCCAAUUUUGUAUUGGUACCGUUCAGUUCAGAAUUUUCUGUUUGUAAAAUUAUUUAAUGUUCAACAUGACUCAAUCUCAUUGUUAUAGAAAGCAAACAUUAUACAGACUGCUUGGAUUUGGGAACUUUUGUUUACGCUACCUGUAGUGUCAUUCCACAACAGUAUUUACAAAUGUAAUGUGUCACUACUGCACCACUCACCUCAUUCGUAAAUCGGUCAAAUGCUGGCAUAACUGUACUGAAGUAGCACCUGUAAAACAUGCACACGCUGUUCUUAGGAUAUUCAUUAAAUUACAAUUAUGAAAGUAUUCCCAAGUUACUACUAUGUGAAAUAAAAAUCCCUUUUGUUAAUGGGACCAGAAUUCUGCAUAUUGUCUUUCACAGUUUUCUAUCGUUGAAUUCACUGUGAAUCAUUUAUUCUGCUUGCCAUGUGUUUAAGAAAUAAAUGGCAAUUUUUGUACUUA